AUGAUAAAUCAGGUUGACGACUAGAUUUUUAAGAAGAUGAUUGAUUAAACAAGUCCUUAAUCUAUUACAACUCAAAAAUUGUGUUUGAGAUUAGGAUAUGAUCCAAAUGAUCUUAUUUAUAAGUUUAAUUCAACUAUAUAUAUUAGAUCAAUUGAGUAGUUUCCAUCAGUUUCACCAGAAGUUCAAGCGAUGAGAUAUAAUCAUUAUAAAAAUAGAAUUAUGAGUAAGAUUACAUAAUAGAAAAAUAGGAAUCAUUAAUGAAAUAUAAGCAACAAAACAAAGGCACAAAUUAGGAGAUCAAUCACUUAAGUAAAUAACUUUCAAUUAAUAAGAGAAUAAGUAUAAAUAUUUAAUUAUUUUAGUUUCUCGAAUCUCAGUGAAGAGAGUGUGAUUAUUUAAGAAAAAAAAGAGAAAAAAAGUUUAUCAAGAUAAAAAAUAUUGCAAAAUUUAAUUUAUUAAUAAUUGUAAGAGGAAAAAAAGAAUGUUGAGUAUUUAUAAAAACAAAAUUAAAAAUUACAGAAUCAUUAGAAUAUUUAAUUAAGAAAAAGUGAAACAAGUUUUUCUAAAAAAAGGGUAAGAGAUGGAAAUAAAAAUAAAUCAACAGAGCAAACAGAUGAAUUAGAAAAAAGGAAUCAAUAUUUUAUUACAUGUAUUGAAAAUGAAUCCAGGAUAUAAGAAUAAUUAUAAGGUAGAUUUUUAAAGAAACAUUUUAAACAUGAAAAUUAUACAGAAAGAGCUUAUGAAAAAAGAAAAUAAUAAGAAAAUUAAUUUUAAUAAACUAUUACUGAAAGAUUGAAUAAAUUGCAAUUAAAAGGUAUGUAUGUUUUUAAUCAAGAAAACUAGGUUUAAACAAAGGUUGAAUUAUAUAAAAAAGAUAUGAAAAAUUAUUUUGCCUAAAAAAAUAAUCAAAUUGUUUAUAAAAAAGAAAAGAGAUCUCAAUUAAUUUAAUUUGAAUAAUAAUAGUACAUUAAAGAAUAAUGUGAAAAAAUGAAAAAAUUUUAAGAAAAUAAAUCUUAAUUGAUUUUAGAAGAGAAAAAGAAAAUAAAUGAGAGAAAAGAAAAGUAUAUCAAAAUGUUAAGAAAAUGUAAAGAAAGCAAUUUUGAAUAAUAAAAUGUAUUAAUAUUGUUUAAAUAAGAAAUAUUAAGAAGGUUUUAGCAAUACAUAUUAAUAAUUAAUAAAGAAAUAAGAAUAAGUAAUAUAAAAUAAAGAGAAAUUACUUGAAUAGAAAUCUUUAAUACUUAAAGAUAAAUUAUAAUUAAAUUUAGAAGAUGUUGAAUUUAAUAGAGCUCAUGCUCAAAGGAUUAAAUAAAAUAUAUAACUUAAAUUAAAUGGAAAUAAAGAUGCAAAAUCACAAUAAUCAAGUCGAACUUCUGAAACAUGGAAAUUGAAAACUUAAUUGACACAAAAAGAAUCAGAAAAUUCAUUAUGGGAAAAAGCAAAGUAGGCAGCUAUUUUGUUUAAAGAUCCAAAAUAAUAUGAAUAAUAUAUUGAACAAUAACAAUAAAUUUUACUUAAAAAGAAAAAGUCGUUGGAUUAAAAAUUUGCUACAGCUGCUUCAAUAAUCAAAGAAAUAUUACCUAAAAAUGAAGCAGAAUAAUUACUUAUGCCAUCAGGGUUGAAAAAUUUUCUUGAAUAAUAGAGUCGUAUUAAAACAUAAAAGUGA